AUGCGAGCUUCCUCUACGGGGAACGGGCAGCGAUUACAAGGCCAGCGUGGGAUGUAUGAGCUAGUCCUAAAUAAGGCUAGGGUGUCCCAAAUAAGACUAGCGCACAACCGAGAGAGAGGUCGGCUAGAUCACGUGCAGCACGCGGAGUGUGACUACCGGUCAAGGCCGGCUGCUAAUAACAUGUUAGGGAUUCCCCAGAUGGCCCCUAUGGAAUUGCAACUCGUCCCUUUACGCCCAGGUGCCAAGCAACUUACCAAAAGCGGAUUAAACCCGAAGAAGGUAUCUUCACGUGAUCUGCUGACCUCAUCCACAAACCAACCACCAACAUCACCCUCACUUCGGCAGGGAACGAUCGGUAAACGUCGUCAAAACGUCAAGCAUCAACCAUCACCACGUCUACCAUUGACCCGAGUUACUACCUCAGUUGCCCAGUUCAACCUCUACACCUUCGCAGCCAUGGUGUCCAGAACCCUCCCCAGAAUGGCCGGAUUCGUCUUCCGCGAAAACCGUGUUCCCUAUUACCAGCGUCUCUUCCAGAGACAUGACGGCAAGCGCAUCUGGCAAAAGUCCCAUCGCAGCCCAUACCUCCUGUAUCCAUACUACGUUUCCCUCUUUGGCUCCUUCGUGGCAUCUUUCUAUGCCAUGUCCCGAACAGUCCUUGGUUACAAAACCUGGUUCUAA